AUGUAGAGAUUUUACAUCGGGGACCUGCGGGUUUUCGGGUGAAGCUGAAGUGAAUAAAUAAAGGGUGUUUUCCAGGAAGCGGGAGCUGUCUGAAGCAAAUCACGAUUCAGAAUGACCCAGGGUGUUGCAAACAAGACAGCGGCUUAUUGCAAACAGCCCAGAAGACAAGUGAGGGAAACAGCAAGUUCCAGUUUAGGUUUAGAUCACUUUUCCAGCCGGUCUGACUAUUCCCAGCUCUGAAUGAGAUGUCACCACACGGCCGCUUAACACAAGAAGUAGAGAAGCACACAAGAGAAGACAAAAAGGCUCCCCAAGAAUCCGAUUAAAGCACUGUCAUCACUGCAUCAUUAGACAGGCUUUCCAACAGACAUCAGGAAUGGGAGGGUCAAGCUCCAGUGAACAGGUGGCAGAGACUGAGAGCUCCUCAUUCUUCACACAGGAAGAACUGAGCAAACUGACGUCUGAUUUUGAAACAGCUGGGGUGGAAAGUGUUAAACCACUGAUAAAGAAGAAAAUAACUGAGCUGAACAAAACAGAGCUUAACAUCGCAGUGACAGGAGAAACAGGUACAGGAAAAUCCACCUUCAUCAAUGCCAUGAGAGGACUUCUGAGCACUGAUCCGAGAGCAGCUAAAUCUGGGACGACAGAAACAACAACAGAGCCAACCGGGUACUCACAUCCCACUCUGCUCAAUGUUCACUAUUGGGACCUGCCAGGGAUUGGAUCUACGCGAUUCACAGCAGCUAAAUAUCUCACAGAAAUGCAAUUCAAAAAAUAUGACUUAUUUAUCAUCAUCUCCACUACUCGAUUCAAAGAAAAUGACAUGAAACUUGCCAGAGAGAUUAAACGGCUGGGGAAAAGAUUCUAUUUUGUCCGCUCUAAGAUUGAAGUUGAUCUUGAUUCCAUGAGGGAAGAAAAUCCGUCUUUUAAUGAAGAAGAAGAAGAGCUAGAUAAGAUUCGGAGGGACUGUGUGCAGAAGUUGAAAGAGGCAGAGAUUCUGAGUCCAAAAGUGUUCCUGAUUUCCAGUUUCAAAAAGGAGAAGUUUGAUUUCAAUCAGUUAAAUGAAGAACUUGAACGUGAUCUAAAGAAUGUAAAGAAAAUGAUAUUUGUCCUGGCGCUUCCAAAUCUAAGUGUCAAGAUCAUCCAGAAGAAACAUGAGAUUCUGAAUAAACAUAUCUGGAUGUUUGCAACACUCUCUGGGGAAUUGGGAACAGUCCCAGAUUCCAACUUCUCUCUCAGUAGUGAUAAUGAUGUGUUAAUUGACGCCAUUGUCCAUUUCCAGAAAAGCUUGGGUCUGGAUGAUGCUUCUCUUCAGAGACUGGCUGAGAAAGCAGGAAUACCUCUGGAAGGGCUGAAGGCAACAGUACAAACACCACUGCUGGGGGAAAUAACCACAGAUGCAAUUAUGAAGUUAAAUUACGGUGCUGCUGUUGUUGCCAUUUCUGCCCUGGAAUUCGCUGUCGAAUUAAACCCAAUCCUUGGCUCCAUUUUUAGGAAAGACUCCUCAUUUCUCAUGAUGUACAACAUACUGCGUGCUGCACUGAAGGAUCUUACAGCGUCUGCAGAGAUAGUAGUGAAAGUUGCCUGUGAAACUGAUUAACUGAGCUGUACAAACAUCUAUCAAUCAGUUUAUAUCAUGCUGUGGUUAAUAAUUUGAUGUCAUAUAACACCAAAUCCUACUGUAAUUCUACUCGAUAAUGUUCACUUCUACUGUAUUAAUUCCUGAAAAUAUUUCUCAUUAAACUAUAUCUGCCUUCAGAAAUGUAAGCAAAGGAUGUACCCAAUAAAAAUUGGCCUGUUG